AUGUCACACAAUUUUGGUCCACGUGUGCCGCGAGACAUCAGCGCAGGCGUGGGACCAUGGUUUGUCCAGAUAUGGGGUGACUUGAAGGACAUCGUUCGUCCUGCGGCAUCGCACGUUGGUCACGUAUCAGUCUACGCCAAUGGAAGAGCGACCAUCACGGUCCGAAAGCUGGACGAGGCAGUUUGCUGCUUUGAGUACCUCUCCGCCGACAACGUGAGCGGAAGAAAGCUGUACGUCGAGUUGUGGGAAACCACGCCGAACCGCGCUCCAAGGCUCAUGUGGAAGAAUGUCGCGAGUAUGCCGACUCUUGCAGCACCGGCGGGCAAGGCUCAACAGCCAUGUCCAAAUCAGCUGUCGCCACCGCCCGUUCCAACGCAGCAAGAUGUCCUCGCCCAGCAGAUGGCCUCAAUGCAGAUGAUGCGGGCACAGCAGCUUUCGGCCUAUCAAAUCGCUUAUUCUACUUCGAGUGUUACCUUCAGCAAUCUACAACAGUCACCUCCGAGCCCAGUAUCGAUCGCAGCGAAUGUGCCUUACAUACGAGCGGUUCAGCCACAAGAAGUUCCAAGGACAUUUGCUCCAUACACAAAGACAGCGCCAGCAGCAGCGCCAGCAACUCGAGGCCCACGUUAUGCUACUGGAUCUUCGGGUAUCCCGACGAGAGUCGACCGCGGCAGCGUACGAACUGAGUACCGCGGCGUUUUCGUCAGUAACCUCAGCUACGACGUCAAAGACAGUGACAUCCAGAGGCUCUUCAGAGUCUACGGCGAGAUCACGAAACUCGAUCACAAACGCGAGGCCAAGGUCAACUCGAAGGGCAAGUCAACGUUUCGGUCACGAGGCAACGCCAUCAUCACCUUCGCGACCUCCGAACAGGCUCAAGCUGCGAUCGAAGAACUCGACGGCAGCACAUGGAACGACAGGAUGCUGGCGGUUCGCUUCGACACCGAAGCAACGCCGGUUGACCCACCUCCGCGGAAGAGCAAGAAGAGUACGGUAGAGGGAGGACCGCUCAUCGUCAACGGAUCGACGAAUGGCCGUAAGAGUUGA